GAACUUUUAGCGGUGGGAUGAACAAGAUGUUAUCUCAUCUGGAAUUUCCGUAAUCGUGCUAGCACUAGACUUAUUAUUAGUUGUAUUCAAUGCAGUCCAACCCAACUUCAAAUUAUUCUAUGGAAAAUAAGUUGGAAAACCUAAAUAUAUGUGGAAAUGCUUUCGGAUAUGGUCAUAAUUCCUCUUCGCAAUAUAAAUUAAGGGAUAAGACAGGAUAUCCCCCAGACACGCCUCAAAAAUAUGUCAACGACAUGAGAACAGCAAGACACAACACAAGGGCGAUGUUGUUCGAUCCUGAAAGGAGCCCUUUGAGCUCGAAAGUCACUGAAAAUAAUUAUUGCAGAGCAAGUCCUAGCCCUAUGGUUAACAGACCAAGUACAGUUUUCAGCCCAGUCGGUGGACCUUCAAGUUCAUUUGAAAAAAUUCGUCAAGAUCUUCUCAAUUCAGGCCAUUUGUUUUGUGAUUCUGCUUUUCCAGCUGAUGACUCGAGUCUUUAUUACAGUCAAAGACCACCAUGUCAAAUUGUCUGGAUGCGUCCAAGUGAGAUAGUUGCUGCGAACAGCGGAGGUGGUUCCAUGGGUAUAACCCCAAGAAAGAUAUCAACACCAGAAUUCAUUGGUGAAGGUGGAAUCAAACUAGGCGAAUUGAGACAGGGAGAAUUAGGAGAUUGUUGGGUGGUUGCUGCAUUGGCUGCUAUAGCCAGCCAACCGAGUCUUCUUAGUCGUACUAUUCCUACUGGACAGUCGUUUCGAGUAGAAUGGUAUGCAGGCAUAUUUGCCUUUCGAUUCUGGCGUUUUGGGCGUUGGGAAGAAGUUUAUAUUGAUGAUCGUCUUCCAGUUAAAUCUGGUGGUCAACCAUUGUUUGUACAUUCUGGACGUUCAACAGAAUUUUGGCCAACAUUACUGGAGAAAGCUUACGCAAAAUUAAAUGGGUCAUAUGAAGCUCUGAAUGUUGGACUUGUCGGAGAUGCAAUGGAUGAUCUGACUGGUGGUUUAACAGAAUCAUAUACACUUCCAGGGGCAGAAGACCACGGACUUCAACCUCCAGCCGAUUUAGACGAUAUACUAAUAAAAUCAUUUGAUCGUCGAAGUUUAAUUACAGCUCGUAUAAAGACUAAAGGAGUACCUGGUCCAGGUUUUGUUAUACCGGUUGGAUUUGUACCUGGUCAAGCAUUUGGUUUAACAGAUUGUCGGAAGCUUCGACUGACGGAUGCAUCAGGAAGUCGUUUACUUCGUUUAGUCCGUUUAAGAAAUUUAUGGCCUUCAGUUCGUGUGGACUGGACAGGUGCGUGGUCAGAGGGUUCAACAGAAUGGCUUAGUCUUCCACCACAAGACCGUUUAAAAGUUGGCUUGGUGAAAGCUCAAGAAGAGUUUUGGAUGUCACUUGAAGAUUUUAUUGCCAAUUUCGACUAUUUGGAUAUUUGUCACCUAACAGAGCCACCUCCAGUGAUUUCUAAAUCUUCUAGUGCUUAUCAUUCCUUACAUAAUUUCCCAUCAGUUCACUUACGUGGUCGAUGGCUUCGAGGUGUGUCAUGUGGCGGUCGACCAUAUAUCCGUGCAAGUCACUGGGCAAAUCCUCAGUUUCGACUGGUAAUUAAUUCACCGGAUCCAAAUGAUCCUGAUGGGUUCGCUACAACCGUCAUUGCUCUAAUGCAAGCUGAUCGUCGUCGUCUACGUCAUCGUGCUCCUCGACUUGCAUCUAUUGGAUUUGUUUUAUAUCGGCUUCCAGCUGGAGCUAAUCCACCAAUGCCACGUGGGUUUUUUGAAACUAAUCAUCAUAUAGCUAGUGUAGAUUUUUUCUUCGAUUCUAGAGAAGUUGUUAAACGGUUAAAAUUAACACCAGGUCAUUAUCUUCUUGUUCCAUGUACAUAUGCAGCUGAUCAACCAGGUGAAUUUUUAUUACGUUUAUUAUUUGACAAUCCGGAUAGAAUUUGCGAAUCUACAUUAGAGCGUGUAGAACUUAGUGGUCUAGCUGCAACUGGACCAGAGCCUGAUCCAAACUAUGAAUUAUUUCAGCCACGUCUUAGACGAUUAUUUUAUGAAGCUUCAGGUGAAUCGAUGGCUGUUGAUGCAUUUCAGUUGGAGCCAAUACUUAAUUGCCUUUUGAGAGAUGAUCAUCGAGCACCAUACAGUAUGGUUAGUACAGAUGCUUGUCGAUCUCUGGUAGCCCUUCUAGAUCGUGACGGUACAGGACGUUUGUGUGAAUCAGAUUUUCGACGAGUCUGGGAUAUUCUACGAUCAUGGUCUCGUUUGUUUGCAAGUUUUGAUCCACAGAGAACUGCUCAUGUAACAAGUUUGGAUUUUCGAAUUAUUGUUGAACAAGCGGGUUAUACUCUUCCACACACACUAUUUUCUAAACUUGUGAACCGUUUUGUUAAUGUGGAUUGGCGUCUUGAUUAUCCGCAUUUUAUCAGCGCUAUGUCACUUAUAACAAAAGCCGUUGCAAUUUUUAAGAAUUUCGAUCAUGGUGGACGAGCUGUUCUGCCCUUGGAACAAUUUGUUGAAAUCGCAAUGACAAUGUAAUUUGAAAUGGGAUCAAUGAAAAAUAAAUCAUUCUUCCUCACUUUAUAUCUUUCUCUCUCACUCUCUCUUUAUGUUUUUAUAUUCCUUGUAAAAAAGAAUUCAGUAAUUUAGUAAUAUAUGAUCUAUUUUAAUAAAUCAGAUAACUUAUUGGUAUUUACUAUAAUAUUGAUAUUGUUACAAUAGUAAUAAUAAACGUUUUAUGAUUCUUAUUUACACAAUGUUUAGUUAUUUUUUACACAAAAUCUUAUUAUUUUUAUGUUUCUGACUGAUAUCUGUAUAGAGAGAGGGAGAGAGUGAGUGAAUGAGUGAAAAAGAAGUGUUAUGCCUUUUUUUAACUACCAUUCUUCUAAUUGAAUUAACAAAGUAUUCAUCGAUUUGAUCACUUCAAAUCAUUUAUCUACACUUUAGUUAUCUCAUCUCAAUUACACCUAUUCAUAUCUUACAACAGCCCCUCUUUAAUAUGAUAAUUAUUUAGAUAUACAGACAGUCAAGACUACUGCUGCCACUUCUACAACUACUGAUUUUGUUAUAUCGUUGAAAAGAGUUUACCAUAAUUAUGGAAGGUAGAAUGCAGAUCAUGGUAACUGAUAAUCGUUAUCAUAAUUAUGAACAAAAAUUUCUUUUAUACAAAUUUAUUCGUCUACUCAUUUGAACUGCUGUGAG